CUCCAACGAAAACCACCUCCUAUCAUCACUAUCGCUGCUUAUCACCAACCUCAACACUUUUCCACCUAGGCACCAGGGCUCUCUAUACACGCUACUACCGGGGUGAUCGCGAAGAUGAUACGCGACGUCUUUUGCACUAGCGAAGACCGGUAACCAAUUAGUCAGCUUACCAGUAGCCAGCCAGCUCCAGGUCCCCUUCCACCUUACUCGUCUCCUCCACACCUAACCCUGCCCUGCGCCCUACCCCCUGGCCCGCCCUAGAUGAGUUCCGCACCGCCCUCGUCGUCGACGAUCCCGCAGACGCUCUGGGACCUGCAGGUGCCAGUGCUGGUGACCCAUGCCGGGGCGCCCAACACACCGUUCGUCGCCUCGGUGCCGCGCCUGAGCUACCUGGCCCUGCUCCUGCCGCGCCUGACCGCGUACUUCGGCCUGCCGUGCUCCAGCUUCCACCACGAGAACGUGCUGCUGCGCAACCUCGCCGUCGGCCUGCUCGUCGACCUGUACCAGCCGACCCUGCCCUGGCGCCUAACCGUCAGCGACGGCCUGGCCUGGGAUAUCGGGGACACCUUCCUUAAUAGCGCUAAAGAGGCCGACUUUGUGCGUAACGGCAAUGCGCACCAGAUCAUGUCACUGUCCAAAGAUCAUACCACCGCCCUUUGGAACGCGGUUCAAGAUAACGAUUACGCCUCCUUCGCCAAGGUGAACUCCCGACUCCUCAACACCUCGCGCGAGCUAAGGAACGUGCCUAUACGGGUGUACAUCCCGCAGUCGUCCGACGACCCCGCCGGCGGCGAACAGGCGGGCUCGUUCAAGGUCGUCCAGUCUCUGGUGCAGCCGCGCGUUAGCGAGCGAACGCCCCAAACCCUCGGCGCCGCCCUGCGAACGCUCCUGCCGCGGCUGUUCCCCAGCAGCCGGGAUCCCGUGCUCGCGGACGUGAUCCUGCACGGCGCCAGCGUGCCCUUCCGCGCCCCGCUCGAGGACCUCAUGCGCGAGGCCGCUUAUCCGGACGGUUGGCUGUGCCUGGUCGUGAAGCCUUUAGAUGUUUAAACUUACGAUUUUCUUUUUUUGUCCUUUUGCCCUUAUAAAGAAACGGUAAAUGGUUCAGAGGGUUUGUCCGAAUAGAGCAGGCGCGAUGGAUCUGGACGGGUGGGUCGCGACCCGUCUGUCGGCAGUAACUUUGCGGCAGGAAGUAGCGAAGUAU